GCAGAGCGGCAGGUGAGCGUGUGUGCAGCUGGACGGAGACUCGGUGAUGAGAUGCAGUUCGGCUGGAGGAUCGCCGUGAUGCUGCUGCUGCUGCCAGCUGUGUGUGAGGCUCAGAGCGGAGAUGGAGACCCCGACAUGGAGCCCAGAAUCAGCUGCACGUCUCACAUCAUGAUGAAAAGAUGCAAUUUGACCUGCAAGCUGCUUGAAGGCAGAAAUGAUGACGAGGAUGAUGAAGAGGGUGGAGGUGAUGGAGGCGACAGCAUUGAGAGGAUGACCCUGUGCUACCUUCAUUAUGACAGCAACGUAAUGGAGAAGUGCAUGGAGACAUACAGUGAUACAUUCAGCUCCCCAGACCUGAAGCCCUUGUCGGAACUCAGGCUGACCGUCCACUUAAAGAGUGGCGGCAGGAUUUCACAAAAUCUCUACCUGAAGAACAUAGUUAAACCAAUGAGUCCUCAGGUGUUUAACAUCACCUUCCAAGAAGAGUCUAACGAGGCUAAGAUUUGGAUUCAGAUCCCGUACCAAAAGGACUACCUGAAAGUGAAGAACCAGGAAUUCCAGUUUCAGAUCGAGACAGCUGGGGAAAUCAUGAUUCAGAACACCUCAUCCCAGGACUUCAUAAAUAUCAACAUGGGAUACCUUAAAAAAGGCUCAAAGUAUUAUGUCAAAGUGCGGGCGCGAACACUCCCAAAGAUUUUUCAGGGCACGUGGAGUGAGUGGAGUGAAACGUUCACUUUCCUUACCCCUGAAAACCUCCAGAAGCAGACCAGUGGAGUACAGGUGGAACCGUACCAAGUCGGAGUGUGUCUGGUCUCUCUGCUGAUGGUGACCUUUAGUAUCAUCAUCAUCAUCAUCCUCUGGAAAAACAAGAUAUUUACCUACAUGUGGCCAAGCAUCCCGCAUCCUAAACAGACUCUGGUGCAGAUCUGCAAGCCAAACAAUCCUCUGUUGCUGACCUUCAGACCUGAGGUGCUCAGUGAUCUCAAAGUCUACCCCGUGGAGACGACAGCACGUGAGGAAACAGAGCCUGCGAUCAGUCCUGCAUCUGCUGCUGCUUACAGCACUCAGUCGAGCGAACCCUGCUCCACCCAGAGCUUAGAUUGCAGGAGUACUGCCAGCGCCAGCACCGAGGAGCUGGAGCUCUCUGCCUUGUUGAGCAGGAGCUCGUCUGAAGCCGAGGACAGCCUGUCGAGCUGCAGUCCUUCCCCCAUCGACAUCCUCCAGCUUGGGGAAAGACCCGAGCAGCCUGAGCAACAAUUUGAAGUCAAUGACUUUGAGGUGUUUGGAGCAAAUCGACAGGAGGAGGCUUACGUCACCAUGUCCAGUUUCUAUAAGAUCAAGUAGGUGAUGCAGUGGUGAGCAAACAGGAUCAGAGACUGUACUUAUCAAACUUCAGGAUGCUCUAAAGCAAAGGGCUUCCAACUUCACGAGGUCUUCAGAGCAAAGUGAAAGAACAGAAAGACAAACAUGCUGCCUUUUUGUCCGGAUGUGCCUAUCUACCACUUACAUUUCACCUGGAUUUCAAUGAUGCUGGACCUCUGUCCAGAGAACGAGACAUCUGGCAUUCAUUACCAAAAGAAAAAUCACUGAAUGGAGUGCUGAAGUUUGGUUCACUUUACAGAAAUCAAGCUUUUACUGGUGAAGUAUCUCAUCUGGAUUCCCAUUUGCGCAUAAACCUAAGAGGAUAAAUUCUUUUAGGUUUUGUCAUCUUUUGACAUUUAUUUUAACUCCAUCUUGGAGUUCUGUAGCAAAUAUACACAAGAAUUACUCAGUUUCUGCUAUGACGUUUGGUUCAGAUGUUCCCAUCAGGAUGAACAGUGAUAACAUUUAGUAAUUUCACACCAUCCUCAGUUCAUUAUGUUACACAUCCAUCACUUUGUCUCUGCUACACUCUGAGUUUAGCAGAGUUUUUUAAGUGUAGCAGCCUCAACAAGCUGCUAACAUGAGUGGAGACUCUUAUUCCCCAUUGCCACUAACAUGGAAUGGGUUCUUUUUCUGAUUCAUGAACAUAUUUUUGCAUCUUUUGCACCAGCAUUUUAACCCAAAAUAAAUCGUCUCAUCUUUGUAUAGAA